AUGGGAGACAAUCAUGGUGAUGACAAGAACAUUGAGAUAUGGAAGAUUAAGAAGCUGAUUAAAUCCCUCGAAGCUGCUAGAGGUAAUGGAACUAGCAUGAUCUCACUCAUCAUGCCUCCGCGUGAUCAGGUCUCUCGUGUUGCCAAGAUGUUGGGUGAUGAGUAUGGAACCGCAUCAAACAUCAAGAGCAGAGUCAAUCGCCAAUCUGUUUUGGGCGCCAUUACUUCUGCCCAGCAAAGGCUGAAACUUUACAACAAGGUCCCUCCCAAUGGCCUCGUGCUCUACACUGGCACUAUUGUCAACGACGAAGGCAAAGAGAAGAAGGUUACGAUUGAUUUUGAGCCGUUCAAGCCAAUAAACAAUACACUCUACCUCUGUGACAACAAGUUUCACACCGAAGCUUUGAACGAAUUGCUGGAGUCUGAUGACAAGUUUGGUUUCAUUGUGAUGGACGGAAACGGGACUCUCUUUGGAACUCUGAGCGGUAACACCCGAGAGGUGCUUCACAAGUUUUCUGUUGAUCUUCCGAAGAAACACGGAAGAGGAGGACAAUCAGCUCUUCGGUUUGCCCGUCUCCGUAUGGAGAAGCGUCACAAUUACGUGAGGAAAACUGCUGAGCUUGCCACACAGUACUACAUCAAUCCUGCAACAAGCCAACCUAACGUGGCUGGCCUGAUACUUGCCGGUUCAGCGGAUUUCAAGACUGAACUGAGUCAGUCAGAUAUGUUUGAUCCCCGUCUCGCUGCAAAGAUACUAAACGUGGUGGAUGUGUCAUAUGGAGGAGAGAACGGCUUCAAUCAGGCCAUCGAGCUGUCAUCUGAAAUCUUGGCGAAUGUAAAAUUCAUUCAAGAGAAGCGUUUGAUUGGGAAGUACUUUGAGGAGAUAAGCCAGGACACCGGGAAGUAUGUUUUUGGCGUGGAUGACACAUUGAACGCUCUGGACUCUGGUGCUGUUGAAACAUUGAUUGUGUGGGAAAAUCUUGACAUCAACAGAUAUGUGUUGAAGAACAUUACAACCGGCAAAAUGGUGAUAAAGCACUUCAACAAAGAACAAGAGGGGAACACGGAGAAUUUCAAAGAAGGCAACAACGACUUGGAUGUGGAGGAGAAGAUGUCGUUACUAGAAUGGCUGGCUAAUGAAUACCGGCGUUUUGGUUGUGCGCUUGAGUUUGUAACCAACAAAUCACAGGAAGGGUCUCAGUUUUGCAGAGGGUUUGGAGGGAUCGGAGGGAUACUUCGUUACCAGCUUGACCUGACUGCCUUUGAUUCCGAUGAUGGAGAGGUUUAUGAUGAUGAUUUUGAAUAG